AUGGAAGAUAUUAUCCCAGGUCUUGGUGAAGAUUCCAAGAUGGAGGAGCCCAACGCAUCAGUCAUAUCAGACAACAGCGAACCUGAUCCCGAGACACCAAAUGGCGUCAAGACGGAUGCUGAGGAUUCAACCCCCCCGAAAGAGAAAUACGAAGGUAAAGAGAAGUCCUCCGGAGGCAGAAAAGGAGGCCGCUAUCAUCCUUACAAAGACCGACAUGGUGGUGAAAAGAAAAGCUUUCAAAGGAACCGGGUGUACAUUAGCAACAUCCCCUAUGACAUGAAAUGGCAGGCUAUUAAAGAUCUCAUGCGUGAUAAAGUCGGUGAGGUUACAUACGUGGAGCUCUUUAAGGAUGCGGAAGGAAAGUCAAGGGGUUGUGGUGUGGUGGACUUCACAGACGAAGAAUUUGUGACCAAGGCAGUUGAAACUAUGAAUCAGUACGACCUGAAUGGAAGGCCUCUCAACAUUAGAGAGGACCCUGAUGGGGAAUACGCCCGACGUGUGUUGCAGCGCAUAGGGGGCCAACAAGGAGGCCGAGUGCAGGACAUAGGACUCGGUGGAAUCAAUAUCCCCCCUUCCAUUGCCAACAAUCCCAACAUUCCACCUGAAAUCAAACACGCGUUGCAAGCAGGUCGACUGGGAAGCACCGUGUUUGUGGUCAAUCUUGAUUUCAAGGUGGGCUGGAAGAAGCUGAAAGAAGUGUUCAGCAUGGCAGGAGUGGUAAAACGGGCUGACGUGAAGGAGGACAAGGACGGCAAGAGCCGUGGGAUGGGAACUGUGACUUUUGAGCAGCCACUUGAGGCUCUCCAGGCUAUAUCCAUGUUCAAUGGACAGAUGCUCUUUGACAGACCGAUGCAUGUUAAAAUGGACGAUAAAUCAAUUCCCCCUGAUAAUUAUCGCCAAAUGGAGAAAACGCCUCAAUUACCACGAGGUUUGUCUGGUAUCGGAAUGGGUCUAGGACCAGGUGGGCAACCUAUUAAUGCUAACAAUCUCAACAGUGGAGGAGGGAUGAGCUCCUCGGGCCCAGCAGGUAUGGAUGUUCCAGGUUAUGGUGGAAUGAACAGACUUGGAGGAGGAAUGGGUGUUGGCAGUGGGUUUGGAAACAUGGAUAACAUGGCCAGCAUGAUGAAUUUAGGAGCAAGAGAACUGAUGAGCAGGAUGGGCGAUAUGUACCGGUCAAGAACUGGCGGAAUGGAUCGGGAUUUUGGCAGCAGCGACAUGCAAAUGAAUCGGGGAUUUGGAGAUUCAUUUGGAGGACUGGGUGGAAGUUUUGGCGGAGGCAUGGGCCUUGGUGGCAUGGGGAGCAUGGGGACUGGAUUAGGUGGUGGUAUGGGCAGCAUGGCCAUGGAUCGCAUGGGCUCGGGCUUUGACCGGAUGGGAAUGUCAGGAAUGGAUUUGAACCGCAGCUUCGGAGGUGGCGGACCCAGUCACCUGAGCAUGUCGGACAGAGGCUAUGGGCCCAAGGCUGGUUGUCAGAUCUUUGUGCGAAAUCUCUCCUAUGAUCUCAAAUGGCAAAAACUGAAAGAGAAAUUCAGUCACUGUGGCCAGGUGAUGUUUGCAGAGAUCAAGAUGACGAACGGCAAGUCAAAGGGCUGCGGAACAGUGAGAUUCGACUCUCAAGAGAGUGCCGAGAAAGCCUGCCGGAUGAUGAAUGGAACAAAGAUCAAUGGCCGAGAGGUGGAUGUCCGUAUUGAUCGUUAUGCCUAG